AAAAAAACAAUCAUUCCAGCAUGUAGAGCUGGGGGGGGAGGGGUAAAAGAAGCUGGUUGUUUAGAUCAAUCAAGAAGGAGAGAGAGGAGAGAGAAACAAAAUUAGCAAAUCAACCUCUUCUUCUCUUUGUUCUUCUUCCUCCUCUCCCAAUUAACUAUUAUGGUUUUUUUGGCACCAGAAACCCCACAUUAUACAUUCUUGAUUUCCUUUUUUUGAUCUUCAAUAAAGUUAUGGGUAUUGGUUUACCUCUAUAAUAACCAAAAGCAAAAAGAAAGAAACAAACAAACAAGUAUACAUAACUUUUUAUUUGGAUUUAGUGUUGUGAUGGGAGGUGGGAUCACAAAUCAAGAUUUGGCUUUUCCUUCCAAAUCUAGUAUGGACCCUUGUAAAUUGAAGAAGAGGCUUUAUCUAGUUUGGAAGGGUCGUAAUAAAUUUCUCUGUGGAGGAAGAUUGAUAUUUGGUCCUGACGCAUCAUCACUGUACUUAUCGACAUGUCUAAUAGGAGCUCCUGCAGUGACAUUUUGUAUAAAAUGGUUAUUGAUGAUACCAAAAGUCAGUCCAAUGUAUGGGUAUGCUGUACUACUUGGGGGACUCAUCAUCACAGUUUUGGCGUUGAGUUUUCUUUUCAUGACAUCUUCAAGCAAUCCAGGAAUAGUUCCUAGAAACUCGCGGCCACCUGACUUGGAUGAAAUAUUGAAUACAAGUACAGCAUCGAUGGAGUGGGUAAACAAUGCUGCCCCUGAUUUGAAGUUACCAAGAACAAAGGACAUUUUUAUCAAUGGUCAUUCAGUGAAAGUCAAGUUUUGCGACACAUGUUUGCUGUAUCGUCCACCACGUGCUUCUCAUUGCUCGAUUUGUAACAACUGUGUUCAGAGGUUUGAUCACCACUGUCCAUGGGUGGGUCAGUGUAUCGGAGUUCGCAAUUAUCGGUGCUUUAUCCUUUUCAUAACAUCAACAACAGCUUUGUGCAUAUAUGUGUUCACGUUUUCACUGCUGAACAUUCUUCGACAACCAGGAAGCUUUCUGCGUGCCAUGUCAAAGGAUGUUGUAUCUGUCGUUUUGAUGGCAUAUUGCUUCAUAGCUGUAUGGUUUGUUGGAGGGCUAAGCGUCUUCCAUUUUUACCUAAUGUCAACCAACCAGACAACGUAUGAAAACUUCAGAUAUCGUUAUGAAAAGAAAGAGAACCCAUACAGCCGUGGCAUAUUAAAGAAUCUCAGGGAAAUCUUAUGCUCUAAGGUCCCACCUUCAUUGGUCAACUUUCGCGAGUGGGUGACUGAAGAAGACGAUCCAAGUAUGAGAUCAGUCUCCAUGAGUCAUAAAUAUGGUUCAAUCAACUCUAAAGGGAAGUUUGAUUUAGAGAUGGGAGGCAUACUUGGAAAAGAUACCGCUUUCCAAGUGGAUUAUGGUGAUGUUGAUGAAUCCUUGAAGAAGACGAGAGGCGAUAAUGCAAAUUUUGAUCCUCUUUUCUUUCCUGAUGAUCAAGACGCGGAGUCGACUAAUUCAAAUGAACAAAGAACAGUCGAAGAAGAUGGCAGAACUGAGGAAGGCAGCAACCGCGGAUCUUCGUAGCAGUUCUUCAUAGAUAAAAGGUCGCGCUAAUGAAUGAUGCUUAUUAUCGACAUACAUUACGAUGGAUGGGAUCAUCAGAUAGAAUGCAGAGGUUGAUUUUGCCAAGGAUGAAAAGAGUAGUUGCUUCUUGGAAAAUCUUUGGUACAUAAAAAUGAAACAUAAAGAGUGGGAAAUGGAGCUAAAUGAGGCUACUCAUCAUCUCUUUGUACAGUAUUAUAAAAUGUAUCUUCUUUUUCAACUUGUGUCUGUUGCAUGUUUACAUCUUCUUCAGUUUUGUUUUAGCUUUAGACAAAACAGUUUCCCCUCGUUACCUAUCGUUCUAUAUAUCUAUCUAUCUAUAUAUCUAUCUAUCUAUAUACAGUUUGCGAACGAACUUGUUUUUGAUAUAAUGAGAGGCUAUAAAUUUGAACUUUUGCCA